GAAAGGAAAAAAAAGGUUCAAUUUUCUUUUUUUGAACAACAAGAAGGGGUUCAAUUAUGCGAGGAAAAAGAAAAAUAAAAGGUCUAUAAAAAGAGACGCUUCGGAGUCAUGGGUCCACUCCCUUCUUCUCCGAUUCUUUUUUUCCGAACUUUUCCUGAAAACUACUUCUCUCUCACAAAAUGGUUUCCACCGAUUACGACAACGUUAAAUCAGAGAAAGCCAAGGCGCUACAUCGUUUCCACAGCAUUGGCUUCCUCUUCCGCAUCACUGAGAUCUGCGUCGCUCUUCUCUUACUCUGUUGGAUAUUCACUUCCCUUCCUUUCGCCUUUCAAAUCUCCGUCGUGUUUCUACGCCGUAUCACUUCCGUCGUCUCCACUCCUCUCUUCAUGUUCCUUCUCGGAAACUCCAUCGUCGUCGCUCUUCUCACCACCAAAUCCGCCGUCUUCUCCGCCGCUAGUACCAUCGACGGCGGAACAGAGACUGAUAUCUACGACGCGUUUAUCCGAACCGGAGAAAACCGCGUCGUUUCUUCCGACGUUGGAGAUCUAACGGAAGAGAUCAUCGACGAUAAACAGAUCAUCGAAACUGAAACGGACUCAAAUUCAAAUCCCACGGUGGCGCGUGAAGAUAACGCGGCAGUGGAACCGGAGAAGAACUCGGUUUCCGUCACCGAUUCAACGGAGGAUCAUCCUGUUACGAGAGUCUAUCGAAGGAGCAAAUCGGAAAUCUCUGCGAAACAGUGUCCAGUGACGGUGGCGAAACCUUUGCUCCGGCGAUCGGAGACGGAGAAGUGCCGGGAAACAGUCGAGUCGUGCGGAGAAGUUCCGUUUCCGGAGGAUGGUCUGACGAACGAAGAGUUUCAGAAAACGAUCGAAGCAUUCAUCGCUAAACAGUUGAUAUUCCGUCGCCGGGAAUCACUCGCCGUCGUUAUCCAUAAGGACCAUAACCAACAAACAAACUUUUGUUAGGAAGAACAUCAAAGAGAUCGGUUCCAUCUCGUGUGUUCCUUUCGUUGUUGGAUUAAAUACGUAUAGUUAUUAUAAGAAUGUGCGAAUCAAAGAUUUGUCGAAAGAUUCGGACGCAUUUUGAACUCGAUUUACAUGAACAGUGUGUAUGUUUUCUCGAUAUUAUUUUGUCCUUUCUUUUCUUCUGUUGGUUCAGCCAAGUGUCACUUCCCUGAAGUGAUAAUAAUACAAACUUGAAGUAGAAACUAUGUUUCGUGUAAUUAUGGCAUUACCAAAGUACUUUUGCUUUUUAGUGCAAUCCAAGAGAAGAGACCAUGUUUCGUUUUUC